ACAUGCUUUUUGUCAGUCUCCUCAACUCACCCACCUCUCCUCUUAUAUUAUCUUCACACUUUUUAUUUUGUACUAUAUUUUUGCAGUGAGCUUCUAAGUUGUAGCUUCUAAAGCUAAAACCCCUGUCAAAAAGUUGUGCAAGAUCACAUCUUUUUCUAAACCCAUCUCAGAUCACUCACUUCUUCAGUCAUUUCCAAGUUGUUGUUGGAUGGAAAUCUUGUGUCGGAAAUCGGGCUGGAGUUUUCGGGCCAAGAACAAGAAUUUGAACAUUUUUUCAUGUUGUGAUGCUAAAUUUUGGUUUGUUUUUCUUGUUUUGAUUUUGUGUUUUUGUGCUGUUUCAGGGAAAUCAUUUGAUGGGGUGAUUGUGACUCAAGGUGAUCAUCAAGCACUUAAGGCUAUCAAGCAUGAGCUAGUUGAUUUCAGAGGUGUUUUGAGGAGCUGGAAUGACAGUGGCAAUGGAGCUUGUUCAGGUAGCUGGCAAGGAAUCAAGUGUGUUAAUGGUCAAGUCAUUGCAAUUCAGCUUCCUUGGAAGGGAUUAGGAGGAAGAAUCUCCGAAAAAAUCGGGCAGCUUCAAGGGCUUCGGAGGCUUAGUCUUCAUGACAAUUUUCUUAGUGGUCCUGUGCCUAAUUCUCUUGGCUUCCUUCCAAAUCUCAGAGGGGUUUAUCUCUUUAACAAUCGGCUUUCGGGUUCAGUUCCUGCAUCAAUUGGUAACUGCCCUUAUCUUCAGAAUCUUGAUCUCAGUAAUAAUCAACUCAUUGGUACUAUUCCUCCUAGUCUUGUUAAUUCUACUAGGAUUUAUAGACUGAACUUGAGCUAUAAUGCAAUUUCAGGUUCGAUACCCAAUAGAUUCACUUAUUUUCCUUCACUCACAUUUCUUGCUCUAGAACACAACAAUCUUUCUGGUUCUAUACCUAAUACUUGGGGUUCGAAUACGAAUGAUUCUUACCAGCUUCAGUCAUUGACCCUUGACCACAAUCUCCUUUCUGGAAAUAUUCCAUCUUCUUUAAGUAGAUUGAAUAAUCUCCAAGAACUUAGUUUGAAUCAUAACCAGAUUGUUGGAACCAUACCUAGUGAACUAGGGAGCCUCUCCAAGCUUCAAAUGCUAGAUUUAUCGAACAAUGCAAUCAAUGGAAGCCUUCCUGCUAGUUUUUCCAAUCUCACUUCUCUUGUGUCACUAAAUCUAAAGGCCAACCACCUUAAAAAUGAAAUCCCAGAAGCCCUGUUUAAAUUGCAUAAUCUUACUGUCCUAAAUCUGAAGAACAAUGAGUUUGGCGGUCCAAUUCCAGCCAGUAUUGGAAAUCUAUCUAGCAUUUCUGAACUUGAUUUAUCUGAUAACAUUUUUGGUGGAGAAAUUCCCAACUCAAUAGCUGAUUUGCCAAAGCUGGUUUCUUUCGAUGUUUCAAACAAUAAUUUGUCUGGGGAAGUUCCUUCUAAGCUUCUAGACAAGUUUAAUUCAAGUUCUUUUGUUGGUAACAUCCUGUUGUGUGGAUUUAGCCCCUCAACACAAUGCCCUUCUCCCCCACCUCAACAGCAAUCACCACCGCCAUCUUCAUCACAGGCUUCAAACCAUCGAAAAAGCAAAGGACAUAAAACCAAAGAUAUCAUUCUUAUAGCUGCUGGUGCUCUACUACUUGUCCUACUUGUUUUGUGCUGCAUAUUGUUAUGUUGUUUAAUCAGGAGAAAGAGUAAAGCGAAAGCGACUAAAUCAGCUGGCCCAGCUGGUAUAAAAUCAGUUCCAGCCGUGGGAACUGAUGUUGAAUCCGGUGACACUGGAGGGAAACUAGUCCAUUUUGAUGGCCCAUUUGUGUUUACUGCCGAUGAUUUGCUAUGUGCAACUGCUGAGAUAAUGGGAAAGAGCACUUAUGGAACUGCUUAUAAGGCGACAUUAGAGGAUGGCAAUCAAGUAGCGGUGAAAAGGCUAAGAGAGAAAAUAGCCAAAGGACAGAAGGAAUUUGAAGCUGAAGUUGUCACACUUGGAAAAAUUAGACACCAAAACAUACUGGCUCUUAGGGCUUAUUAUAUGGGACCUAAAGGAGAGAAGCUUCUUGUUUUCGAUUACAUGUGUAAUGGGAGUCUUGCAUCCUUCCUCCACGCUCGAGGUCCUGAAACCGCAAUCCCCUGGCCAACAAGGAUGAAAAUUGCAAUGGGAAUAACAAAGGGCCUAUGUUUCCUCCACUCCAAAGAAAACAUAAUUCAUGGGAAUCUCACAUCAAGCAACAUAUUGCUGGACGAGCAAAACAAUCCUGCCAUCGCAGAUGUUGGCCUUUCAAGGCUCAUGACAGCUGCUGCCAACACCAAUGUAAUUGCCACAGCAGGUACACAAGGUUACUGCGCACCUGAGCUCUCAAAGCUGAAGAAUGCCAGCACAAAAACCGACGUCUACAGCCUCGGGGUGAUCAUCUUGGAGCUCUUAACAGGAAAAUCACCUAGUGAAGGCACAGACGGUGUUGAUUUACCACAAUGGGUUGCAUCCAUUGUGAAGGAAGAAUGGACUAAUGAAGUUUUCGAUUUGGAACUUAUGGGGGAUGCCUCAAACACAAAUGUGAGCGACGAGCUUCUCAACACUCUGAAAUUAGCCCUUCACUGUGUUGAUCCUUCACCAGCUGCACGUCCAGAAGCCCAAGAAGUUCUCCAGAAACUCGAAGAAAUUAAACCAGAACUGGCAGCAGCUCCAAGCACAACUACUACAACUGAUGAAGGUCCUGAAAUUCCAACAAAAACUGAAUGAAGAACAAACAAUGCAGAUCACAUACAAAUACAGCACAAUACUUGUAAAAUAUAUAUAGAAAUACAGAUCACAUUAGUCCCUUGCAUAGUUACAUAUACAUGUAUAUAGUAGUGAUCUGAGCAAGUUACAUUUCAUUUCUUCAAUUCUUUAGCAGAUGCUUUACAUAUUAUUGUUCAAUUCAUUAUGGUGUGAUAUCAGAAUAAAAAUACAUUCUUUUCUUUCAAA